CGUCGAGUCGCACCACAUGCAUCACCACCAACACAGAAUUCUCGUAUGCGCGCGUGUGUGGUUAAUGAAAGACUCAAGGAUCAAAGACCAUAGGAUUCCAGGAUCUUCUCCUUUAUGUAUCCCCCGGUGUACAGGCGGCAAAAACUCACGUAAGAAUUGUUGAUUCCCGCCAGGAACUUGCUCAUAGUCUGCAGCGCCUUCCAGCCACCGACUUUCGCAGUCAUCCGCUUGAGGAUUCCUUCUUCACAUUCUUUCCAAGCUGGAUACAUACGCAUUACCAUCGACGCAGACGCGACAACCAGAGAGACAGUACUCCAUCGAUUCAUUCGACAUGACCGUGUUUUGUUUUUCGGCAUUGAUUACUUUUCGCGUAUCGCCAGGCCUCAACCGGGUCAUCGGUGUUGAUGAUCCCCAGGUCGAAUGCCAGGAGGAAGAACAGCUGCUCUGACGAGCCGCCAAGAGUGAGGUCGGACCACCAAAACCGGAUCGGCUUGCUUUUGGCGGGAUGAGACAGAAAACAGACAAAGUCAAAUGCGAAGAGGUGGUCCCAUAGCUGUUCUUACCCAUAGCUCCGGUACUUACUCCGUGUCACCUAAGAAUCAGAGACAUGCAAAGAGAGAGGGAGACACGUGUGCCGCGUAUCAAGCGAGUGCAGUGUGUCACUCCCACCUGUAGAUCCGUUGCCAUUUUUCGGAAGAAUGCGUCUCGAUUGGACAGGCUGCCGGAGGUGAAAAUUGCAGCGACCCUGCAAAUGGAAGUCUUGCACGCCUUCGCCGUGCCGCUCGCCAAAGAGGCGAUGCCGAUGCCCGACACAUGAUCUGCAGACACACCCAAAGGGGGAGGAGCAAGGCGUUCAGAGACACGUGUAUGUCCGUGUCUUCAUACAUGAGAAGUCUUGAGAAACAAUAGGCACGAUUUCGCCUUGCCACGCCUUCAUCAUGACAGUGGCAAAGCGCCUUGGCAGUGCGCUCGUUUCUCCGUGCUGCUUCUGCCUUUCCUUUUUUUACUUACCUCGCGCUGCGGGCCGUACUUCUGACAGCCAUGUACCGUAUGUACGUCUCCGCAUGUGUCUUGUCAAAGUGAUGCCUCCUUUCUUAGGUACCUGUGUGAGCAUCCUGUUGGUAGCCAUGAAGUAUUGCAUGUGAUCAGGCAUGAAGUUGUUCUCGGGGUCACCCGGGUCAUCGUCGCCAACAAUGGUGCCCAUCCUGCAGAGGAGAAUCACACGAGGUACACGGCACACGAGAAGCGUCUCAUGAUCAUUCUUGCCUGCCAUCGUAUUGUCCAGCAAAUGGUAUCUCGUUGUCCAAGUGGCUAAACAGAGUCGGCAAGAUCCUGGCGAGCGAUGAAUUCAGACACGUGAGACCGAAGUGUGGUGGGGUAAAAUUGCGAUUGGUUUCCUUACUUGUUGCCUGCUGUCAUGACCAGUGCGACCGGGUGCCGCACGUAACAAAACACCUUGGCACCAGUAGCUGCACACACACAGAUGAGCUCCUCGAGGUGCAUACAAACAGCCAGCUAACACCUGCCUGGGUCAGUGCAGUUGUGGCCGAAGUGAGAGAAGAGCGUCGGGUGCUGCUUGUGGAGAGACACAAGAACAGGAAAGAAGGAAAGAAAGAAAGACAGACAGACAGACCAUGUACGUAUACAUUGAUAACGGCGCUUGCCGAGUGACUAAGCUUGCGCCAAAGCUGCUGAAUGUGCUCAAAAAUCGGCUCCUGUUCGCUCUUACAGUCGAGAAGAAUGUACAGCUGCUGUCCCUCGGAAGGUGUCACGUGUUCAUCCCAGAUGUGCCCCGUUUCUGCACAUGAGAUACUUAAGGUUGAUGUCGGGUGCAAUGGUCUCAGUCGUGUCUCGUUGAUUGUUCGGCUCACUCGUCCACCUCUCCUUCAGUUUAUCUACAUAUUGGCUCUCAAAUGUGUGGCCAGCUCUCCAGAGCUCUUCCAGCCGGUCUGCACGACACUUCACACCAGCUGCCAGGUCUCUCACGGAAGGAUGGUGCAGGACGAGCGACUUGAGGUUGCUGUCAGCCACUGAGUGCAGGCAGACAUCGACUUCCACCCACUGGAUGCCCAGGGACAGAAUAAGCUCGAGCGGGUGUUUGUGUCUAUCGUCCCCGUGUGACAGGAUGUUGGUGUACAUCUGAGUGUAAGUAUGACACAACCAUGAAGGGACAGAGAGUCACUUAGGAGGCAGGGAGCACUGUGACAAAGUCUUACCGAGUCGUUGUAGCCUUCCUGGAAGCUGAUCUCUUCUAUGGGUCCCUCUCUGGACGAAACGGCGGCCUCCUGGAAGCUCGUCCUUUCUAUCGGUCCCUCUCUGGACAAAACGGCGGCCUCCAGAGGAAGGCGCAAAUGCGUACGCGGGGCACCAGCCUGGGUCUGCACGCUGCGGGCCGCAAUGGAGAGGGCCAGUUGAACAACGAGAAGCUCCCAUCUUGGCGACAUUAUUGAUUGCGCAAUGGACCGCUUUGCAAGGUGAGACGCGCGAGCCCCGGCCCAAUGUCUGUCUGUACGGACGCUACCAGCGCAUCAUUGCCUCCUCGAGAGCUAUCCC